CAGCGGGUUUCCUCUCUGAAUAUCUGUGUGCUCCUUAACUAUAUGUCCGACGCCAUAUAACCGUAACUAAAAUGCGUUGAGUGCGUUGUUAAAUAAAACAUUUCUUUCUUUCUUACAAUUGCUUACAAUUGUACCACAUUUGGCAAUUCGAAAUCCUCUGUCGGAAACUAGAGGUAAUAUUGUAUAUGGAGAUAAACAUAAUGUUAAACAGGCAUUUCUCUGUCUUUAAUAAUGUGUUUAUUAGACAUCAGCACAAAGUCUUUGAGAAAAUAUGGCAGUUUUUUAAAAAGCUAUAAGCCUACAUGAGUAUUUCCAUAAUUUUAGGCCAAAUCCCAGGAUAAAGUGUCUUUAUUUUGGUAUACUAUGUGGUUAAAUUUAAUCAGUUUUUAUAAUUUGUGCAAUUGUACCAUCUCUACUUUCGAUGUAUAGCCAAUAUAUAUAAUAACUAUGAGAAUUUAAUGCACAUCGGUACUGAAUAUGAUGUAGUGUUUCGCAGAUUUCAAUGUCCCAACACUGGGAUGACGCACUUCUAAGUAAAAUAAAUUGCGCCAAUCCAGCAAAUCUGUAUUUGCUUUUAUAUUAAUUAGCACACAUUUAAGUAGUAUUAUUACUUAAAAUAUAAAUGUUUAAAUAUUUUAUUGUAAAAGCACAUAUAAUGACGUCACGUAGUGUGUCCCUAAGGGUUUGUCACCUACAUGACAAACAGUGAAUUGUACCCAAUAUAAAGCCUAACAAGAUGCGAUAUUCAGUUGCAGGCGCAUGCGUGUUUUGCCUUUUGAGUGUACUACAGCAUGGAUGGUUUUUGAAGUCUGCCCAUUAUAAAGGUGCUCACAGUGUGAAGAUGCCAUCGCUAAGAGCUCCUCCUGCUUAGCAAGCUUCACCAAUGCAUCCCAUCCCUGAGGCAGACGUUUUGAUGCAAGCUGAUGUCCAGCCAGAAGUAUUGGCACGUAACCGUGAUGAGUCAGGUAGUGAAGCCACAGCACCUAAUCCACCUCCCAUCGCAGAGACAAGUGGUCCUGAUGAAACCACAGUACUUCAGCAUGAAGCAGCUCCUAACCCACCUCCCAGUGCAGAGUCAGUUAAUGGUGAAGCAUCUCCCAGUACCAAAGUAGAUGUUGGGGAUUAUGUUGUCGUCAAUCUGGGAUCAGCAGGAAAACAUUACAUCGGACAGAUUAAAGAGUUUGCAGAUGAUCUCUCCAAUGAAAUUUCCAUUAGCUUCAUGACCACACAGGGGAGCGCAACGUACUACUGCUGGCCUAAUAUAGAAGACCUAUCCUGGGAGCAGCAAAGCAGUAUCUGUUAUGUUCUUGGUGCACCAAUAUGUGUUACUAUGCCCAGAAACAAACGCAGGAAGUGUUACCAAUUUCAGGGCGGGAUCUAGCUCAGUCGGUUGAGCACUCGCCCGAGGUUGACAUGGUGUUAUUUUUUGUUAUAUUAAUAUGUCAGUGUUUGACACUAUUAUGUUGCCAACCAGGUAUUAAAAUGGUGCUAAGUAGCCAGCAUGGUAUUAUUCAUCAGGUGCUAUUAUGUUAUAGUUAAUAUGUCAGUGGUUGACUGAUUCCUGUAAGUUUAAAAAAAAUUUUUUAUUACAUUGCAUAGUAGAUGUUUUUCGUUUUCUAUAGGUAACUGGGGUAGUAUCCCGGUAUAUUAAUUGUUAAAUACAUUUUAAAAUGUAGCAUCCACUACAAGUCGUAGUGCAAUAAUUCCUGUCAGCGUGACUUUCAUAUAUAUAAAUAUAAGUGAUGCAACUUUGUUAAUUAUAUUUAUAUUAUUGUAUGCGUCAAAAAGUUGUGCCAAUGUGCCAUUUAGUUAAAUGUUUUAUGCAUUUCAUUUACCUCAGUUGUGUGGCCAUCUG